AUGGGAUCAUGGCUUGAAAUAUUGAGUAAAUCUAAAGUGUAUUUGUGUGUGAUCUUCCUGCAAUUUGGGCUGUCUGGGAUGUCCAUAAUUGCCAAGUCUGCUCUAAACCAGGGUAUGAACCAUUACACUUUUGCUGUCUAUCGGAAUGCUAUUGCAGCUAUCGUCUUCGCCCCUUUUGCCAUGGCCCUAGAAAGGAAAGUAAGGCCAAAGAUGACUCUAUCUAUUUGGACCAAGAUUAUGUUGCUGGGGCUAUUAGAGCCGGUUCUAGAUCAGAACUUGUAUUAUAAUGGGAUUAAGUACACAACAGCAAGUUUUGGAACAGCCAUGACAAAUAUUCUUCCUGCUCUGACAUUUGUAAUGGCUUGGUUAUUCAGGCUUGAGAAUGUCGAAAUCAAGAAAGUGAGGAGUCAGGCCAAGAUUGUGGGAACCUUAGUGACAGUUGGAGGAGCUAUGAUUAUGACAUUAGUCAAAGGUCCAAACUUGGGCUUACCAUGGACCCAACACCAAGAAACAUAUAAUGUCUCUUCUUCUUCUGAAUCAAACCAAGAAAACAACAUCAAGGGCUCUCUUAUGAUCAUAGCUGGUUGUUUCUGCUGGGCUAGUUUCUACAUUUUACAAGCAAUCACCUUGAAAUCUUAUCCAGCUUCACUUUCUCUCACGACACUGAUCUGCCUAACGGGAUCAUUACAAGGGACUGUUGUUACACUCUUUGCCCAGAGAGGAAAUACCCAGAUUUGGUCUUUGCACUUUGACUCCAAGCUUUUAGCUGCCCUUUAUGGAGGGGUUAUCAGUUCAGGCGUUAACUAUUAUGUUUCAUUACAAGUGAUGAAGGAGAAAGGACCUGUCUUUGUGACUUCAUUCAACCCUCUCAGCAUGGUCCUUGUUACCAUAAUGGGAUCUUUUUUUCUUUCUGAGCAAAUCAACCUGGGAAGGCAAGUAAUAAUAGUACUUUUUAUGAGAAACAAACCAGCAUUUGAUGAUUAUAUUAUAUUUGAUCCUUUUUUUUUCUGCAGGGUUGUAGGAUCAGUUGUAAUAGUUGCUGGAUUAUAUCUGGUCAUAUGGGGAAAAAGGAAGGAAAAAAGGAGCUUAAAUAAUAAGCAAGAGAGCAAUCAUAUAGCUCCUGUUGACCUUCUGGACAGUGAUAAAAAUGAAGAAGAAAAGGAAAAAGAGAAUUCAAAAACAGAGGUUAAUAAUAAUUCUGUAAAAGUAUUGUCUGUUGAUGAAGCAGUUUGA